AUGACUUCCCGUCCCGCGAAACGCGUCGGUAAACUCAGACCUACAGGCUCCCAAAACUUAAAGGCAGCAGCGCAAAGCGCCGUCCGCAAGCCCUCGUCGGCGUCGAUAUCUCUCGCUUUCUUGGUGAAGGUGCCUACCCUGCUCGCCGGCAAGACCUAG